UAACUGACAAUUAGAUUCUCUCAAGCUCGUCGAAGAACCAUAAACGGUUGUGAAAAGAAACGCGAAAAAUCGAGACAAAAUAAGGCAGUGGAAGGUGAACAACAUUCAAUAAAUUAUUUAAAUAACACUAUCAGGCCUAUUUUGAGAAUGCCGGAAGAAAGGGGAAGUACAAAUGUUGUCUCGAGGCUGAAACUCCAUAUCAAGGAGUUACCAUUUUUUUGUAAAGUUAUUGAACUGGUUUGUUGCAUUAUCAGUAUUGCCCUACUAGUAGGCGCUUUAGACAACAAAUCUCAUAAACAACUAAUGAAUUUUCACCAUGUGGGACUCAUUUUCACAUCGAUUUCUGGCUAUAUUCUGAUAAACUCAAUUAUCAUCGUCUGCUAUCUGAUUGGCGAGAAGCAGCCCAAAAAAAUGGCCCUUCUCUUUGCCGCAUUGGGUUGCUUAUUGUGCUUUGCUUCUGGAGUGGUUUUGAUCUACGACUGGGACAAAUACGACAGUAAUUUCAUUUUUCAAAAUUCGAACAAAUAUCUCGAUCAAAUGCUGUCCAGUGGAAUUUUUGCAAUUUUGGCAUCAGUCGUAUUUGCACUGGACACGCACUUCAUCAAAAAAUACGAUUGAAAGUGAAAACUCAAUAACGGAAGCUCGAAAAUUAUUAAUUAAUUAAAAUAAUUUAUCAAAAUUCUAUCAUUGAAGCCUCGGCAGAAAUAAAUUUGAUCAACAACAAUCUGUUUUGACGCAAUCUUUGUUCAGGCGGUGGGCAUGUUGAAAUAAUUUGUUAAAUGACAUAGUUUUUCAAUGACUCAUAUAUUUACUACGCGGUAAAAGAUAAAAUCCUUGGUUAUAAAUCCCUUGUCAUAUGGCCACAGAGUCAGAAAACUAUUUAGUUCAAUCAACAAAAUUUUUGUUGCUUCAGCAAAAUAUUUCGCUAACCCAACUUUUAUUGAUUGUUUUGAUCAAAUAUUUUGGCAAAUGGAGUAUUUGGUUUACACAACAACAAAAUUUGGUUGGGCCAAUCAAAUAUUUUGUUGGAUUGAACCAAAUUUUCAUGUUUAUACAAGAAAACAGUUUUUUUGGUUGAAGAAAAUAUUUUUUCAGAGUGCAGAUUCAAAUAAAAGUAUUUUUCUUGAUCCAACUUUAUCUCUGUCGCGGUGAAAAUUUUCGGAAAGAAUUAAUUAAAUAAUAAGGGCUUAAAUAAGAGUGAAAGUUUAGAUCUAAACUAACAAAAUAAAAAUACUAAGAUAUUUUUCUACGUAGAUU